UUGUGACACAGAGGCUAGAGAAGGCAUGUGUAUGGGAAGCCUGGGGAGGGGUCGGUGAGCAUGGGAAGGAGGAGGAACAGCAGGACGAAGGAGGACACAGUCUGAUAUUAGGAAGGGGAAUACACUGCUAGGCAGAAUCCUAGGAGGAGACCUGCAGCCUCACCUCCUCUACCUCCUCACAGUCACACGAGGGGACAAUGCUGCCUGCCUGGCUGUGACCGCUGCAUCCAUGUAUGUGCACAGCCAGGCGCCUGAGUGAGAGCUGAGGGCCGGGGAAUGGAGCAAUGGGAACCUGAGACUGGAUUCAGCAGUCAUUAGUAAACAGCACGGAGCAUACUGACAGCAGUGUCGGCCAGGGGAGGACACUUACCUGCUGUGGAUACACUGCUGCUCUGCACAAGGAGUGAUGGAACCUGUUACUAAGUGGACCCCGACGCAAGUUGUGGACUGGAUGAAAGGACUUGAUGACUCCUUGCAACAGUAUGUACCAUGUGUGGAAAGGGAGAAGAUCAAUGGUGAACAGCUACUGCAGAUAUCGCACCAGGAUUUGGAGGAGCUUGGAGUGACACGCAUUGGUCAUCAGGAACUGGUUCUUGAAGCUGUAGACCUUCUCUGUGCCUUGAAUUAUGGUCUGGAAACUGACAACAUGAAAAACAUUGUGCUAAAACUCAGAUCCGCUUCCAACAACCUUCAGAACUAUAUUGGCAACAGAAGAAAAAGUGUGUCUUACGAUGGAAUUACGUCUCGCAAACCUCCCAAUGAGUUCCUCACCUCAGUGGUGGAACUUAUAGGCUCAGCCAAAGCUCUGUUAGCCUGGCUAGACAGGACACCAUUUACAGGGAUCACUGACUUCUCUUCAACAAAGAACAAAAUCAUUCAGCUUUGCCUGGAUCUGACGACCACAGUUCAACAGGAAUCCACAGUUGCAGAAAUGGAAGAUUCAGUAAUAAAUGUUUCUAAAGUUCUAAAUGGAAUAUGUGACAAAACUUACAAAUUUACCACUGAUCCAUUAACCAGUCAAUGUGCCUGUCUGGAUGAAGUGCACCUGACUAAUAUUAGACCUGGGGAAGGUUUGGGAAUGUACAUCAAAUCCACCUAUGAUGGGUUGCAUGUCAUUACAGGAACUACAGAAAAUUCACCUGCUGAUUCCUCCCGGAAGAUUCAUGCUGGUGAUGAAGUCAUACAAGUUAAUCAUCAGACUGUGGUUGGAUGGCAGUUAAGAAACCUUGUGGCAAGACUAAGAGAGAACUCUGAUGGAGUUACACUACUUCUGAAAAAGAGACCAACCGGAACCUUUAAUUUUACCCCUGCACCUUUGAAAAAUUUGAGAUGGAGACCACCACUUGUGCAGACAAGUCCUCCACCAACUACGAAACAGUCCCCGGAAAGUACACUGGAUACCUCACUGAAAAAAGAGAAGCCAGCAAUUCUGGAUCUUUACAUCCCUCCACCACCCAAAGUCCCAUACUCUCCAAGAGAUGAGAAGGGUACUUUUGCAUUUAGUGCUUACAGAGACACACAACAGGUAUCGAAAGGUUCAGAAUCUCCAAAUUCCUUCCUUGAUCAGGAGAGCCGUAGGCGACGGUUUACUAUUGCAGACUCUGACCAGCUGAUCACUUUUCCUGUUGAGGUUCAUGUGCAGCCUGCUAAACUCAGAGACAAAACUCCAAUGUAUGGAAAGCCACGUCCUUUAUCUAUGCCUGCAGAAGCUAGUUGGAUGGUGUCUGCAGAAACUUACUCAAGGCACAGAAUCACAGGAAAAAAAGGUGAUGAGGCCCUGUCCAGGUAUUUCAGCAAUGAACGAAUAGCACCGAUCAUAGAAGAAAAUAUAUCAUCUCGGAAUUAUUUUACCAGAUCAACAACUGAGAGGCAUUUAGUCAGAGGGACAGACUAUAUAAGAGGCAGCCGUGGUCUUUUGAACAUGGACCUGCACAAUAGCGCCACAAUGCCAUACCAAGAGGAAGGUUCCAGGAAACAUACUACCGCUUCGUCUUCAAAAAAUACCGCAACAGAGCCCUCGCUACUAGUCAGUUGGUUUACCAAACUAAAACUCUUGAGUCGCUGAUUUUUAUUUUUUUUAAUCAGAAAUGACUUUUACCUCUCAGUGCCUUUGUCUCCGUCUCCAGAAUAGCAGUAUUAUGUGAAGCUGGUUCCACAGAACAUGACGGGGUACCUCUUCCUCAGAGGCUUACUUUAGCAUACUGUCAUUAUAGAAAAAACUGUAACCGUGCCACCCAUAAUUCCUGAAGCAAUAAACAAAUCACAAAUAUUCUAACUACAGUAAAUGAAAAUGUAUUUUUGUCUUUGCGGAAUAUGCUAUCCUUUUUGUACUUUACUACUCAAGUUGUAAUCUGUUAAAGAUAUACAGUAUGUGCAUGUAAAUUUUGCGCUACAGCUUUUUAUAGAGCUCUUCAAGAAUGAAGUAAUUUAUUAUAAUUUGCUGUCAACUUUUCAUCAUGCUAUUUACCAAAGGAUUUAUUUAAUUUUGUUUCUAGGAUGUUUUAUUAGCUUUUUAAGUGUAAUGUUAAUAUGUGUGUCCUUUCCAAAUGUUUUGUCAAGCAAUAUCAAAAAAGCAUUUCAUUGUUAUUAUUUUUGAAGCAUAAUAUUGGAGUUUUACAAUUUGACGCAUUAACAAAACUUACAUUCAUUGAAAUACGUAGAUGUGCAGAGAUUAAGCUAGUAUAUUUUUCUCAUAUGAUUUACUUAAUUGUACAAUCUUUUUUUUUACAUUGAUCCUUUAUUUCUGCUCUUUAAUGCUAUAUGUACUGUACAGUCCAGGGAAUGUAUACACUUAGUGAUAUUUCCUUUGUAUAUUCUUAAUUCUCAAAUAUUACUGGCUACAGUAAAAAGGCACACUUACCCCUCUUUACGAAUCAUUCUUAGAUGAUUUACCUGAUGACGUUAUUAAGAAAGGGUGUGGUAUGGCUGAGGAGACCGCCGGUCAGCACCCCGACGCCGGGACCCCGGCAGUAUACCGACGCCAGGAUCCCAGCGGGGAGGGGCGAGUGCAGCAAGCCCCUUGCGGACUGCUGCCCUUGCCACGCUGUGGGCUCGGUGGCGACCUGCGACCACGGGUUCUAUUCCCACUCUAUAGGGGUCGUGGACACCCACGAGUAGAAAUAGUCCCCAUGCCGACUGUCAGGAUAGUGAGGGGGCGGGAUUUUGGUGGAGGUCAUGUGACCGUCGGUCUCCCGAUCACAUGAAUACCACCCAUACGAAAUAUAUUCAUACAUACUUGUACAAACAGUGACAAUCCCAGCUAUAAAUAGAAUGCGAUUAUCCCAUUUGAAACACCAACAUUGAUUUUUUUUUUGUCAUUCUUAAUAAGACCAACCAGUUGUGAUUGCAUAAACCUCCAACUACCAACUCCUUCCUUCCUUUUGCACUGCUUCCCUUCCAUACUAGGUUAAAGUACUAUACAUUCUUAGACAAUUUUCUAGAGGGAGAGACAAGAGAUGGGGUGGUAACACAAUGGACCACCAAAGACUACUCAUGGCUGCAUGGGCAGAUUUAGAGGUCAGGCCGCCCUUAGGCACAAUAAUAUUGGGUGCGCCCCUUCCUCCCCGGAUUCUGGUGAACCCCCCCCCCAGCUACCUUAGUUUUUAUGCCCCUUAAAAAGUGCUGAUGCAGGGGGACUGCUGUUCAAGAGAACGGCCGAUAUAUUGCGAUCCUGUCGGCAGGAGUGUACCCCCGCUAUGUCUGUGAACGGCAUUUACAGGCGUGCCACAUCAUGCUGUGCAGUAUGGCUGAUAUAUCUGCAGAUGUAUCGCCACAUCUGGCUGCGUGUACACACAGUCCACCAACCGCUUGCACACUUGUUGCAGCGGCUGACGUCACAGCUGGGCAGGCAAAUUCAAGUGCCUACAAAGCUGAAUGAGAGGACCGACACAUCGAGUGGUCGAUAAGUAAGUGUGUAUACUUGAAGAAAGCCCUACUUAGGGUAUCCUACUAAGUACUGAAUGAAUUCAGUACUGAAUUAAGGGGUCUAUUUACUAAGCCUUGGAUGGAGAUAAAGUGGACGGAGGUAAAGUAUCAGCCAAUCGGCUCCUAACUGCUAUGCCACAGGCUGUGUUUCAAAAAUGACAGUUAGGAGCCGAUUGGCUGGUACGUUAUCUCCAUCCAAGGCUUAGUAAAUAGACCCCUUAGUUUCUUAUCCUGGUUGGUUGUGAAAAGUCUAAAAGUAGUCUGUUAAAGAGUCUCAAUUUAUUUCUCCUCUCCAAUUGAGACUCUUUAACAGACUACUUUUGAACUGUUCACAACCAACCAGGAUAAGAAACUUCAUUCAGUAACAAAUGCUGGAUAUUAAGUAUAAUAUUGCAUUGCUGUUCAAAAACUAAAUAUUGUUGGUCAACACUGUACACUUAGAAGGAUACCCUAAGGGCUUUCUUCAGGUUUCGUGCAGAAGUAGGUUUAUCUGUUUUGUACCAUUCUGUGUUGAGUGGUGGAUGACCCACUUGCGAUAAUACCUUCUUGCAGCUUCCUGUGUGCACAGCUGUCUUCUACAAUCUUUGAACUUGAAGUGAGUAUGCUUACCUGAAUCAGCCGCUCUGUUGGUGCUACAGCUAGUUCACCAUCAUGUCUGUCAUUGUGGGCACCCAGCCUUAGGCAUGUGCCUAGUGGGAAAUCAAGCACUGUAUGGCUGCCUGCUGUGUGCAAACAAGUGAACCGUCUGCCAUAUGUUUGCCAAAUACCGAAGGAACAAAAAGACGAUGUUUUCAAAUUUACUUUCAUGCACACAACACAUAAAUAUUGCUAUUUGGGUACCUUUUAAAAAGAGUACAGCUGUAUCUCCAAGAUAGUGUUUAUGCCACCAUGUUAAACUUUGAAAUGUGAUGUAGCUAAACAUCACUCGGUACAUUUAAUUAAUCUUGUGUAUUUAUUUUCUACUGCUUGGUCAUUUGACUACUCAAAUUUAAAAUAAAUGUUUAAGACAUCAGUGCUAUCUCUGUACAUAUAUGUAAGCUGCAAUGACCCUGUAAUAUUUUCUUAAACAUGUUACCAUGCAAUUCUUGCCUAUAAACUGAAUGUAUAUAAUAUUUUAGAAUGGCUAUACAGUGAAUGUUACAUGCUUCUACAAUAUCUGUUUAUAUGUACAUUUAAUUUUAUACUUCUAACUUUGGUUGCCUUUAGCACUGAGCACUAUUUAGCCAGUGAGUAAAAUAGAUUUAUUAUACGGUUACUUAUAAUUUAAGUCAGGUAUAAGCCAUGUGUUGCACUAGCAGGGAUAUCCAUAAUGUCUUGAAGACAUUUAUACCAUGUGUUUCAUUUCCUUUGACAAGUACAAUAUGAGAUUUAUUUAUCUCUUUAAAUACCUCCUCCCCUUACAGUCUUCCUCGCACUUGAAAGUGAAUCUUUAUCAAAUCAAUAGAGAGCAAUAAGAAGUUAAACAGGCUGUUUAUUGAUUAAUUUCCAAAACAUGGUAUUUUCUAGUUUCUAAAGUGCUUAACUCUAUUAAACACAUUUAAGUUUUAUAAUUUAAAUGCAUAAUUGUAAUUUAGUAAUGUAACCUUGGCAAUUCAUAACCAUUCCACCAAAGGAAAAAAAACUACAAAAUAGGACCAUACUGGACCAAACAGAUAUUUAAGUAAAAUUGUGUUUUAUAUACCUUAUUUUAUAGAUUAUUUUUUAGGUACUGGUGACACCUAUAUUUUCCAUUUUUCUACAUUAAUAAAUGCAUAAAAAGUACAUUAAAAAUAGGUUAAAUAAGAGCUAAUGGUGCUUUUCCCACCAAUAUAUGUUCUAAAAGGUAAGUACUGCAUUUAAAAUUUUAGAAUGCUGUAAAAACUAUUUCUCAUUGUUAACACACUCUACCAGAUGAUUAGACUGGCACUACAUUAAAAGAGCAGGAGAUAAGUAAAUAUAUAGGGUGAGUUUUCAUGUCUAAUUUAGUCACAUCAACCCAGCUCAAAUAUGUGAAUGAGCCUUAAAUAUAUUUAUUUUAUAAUAGUGUUUAAAACAUAUUAAUAUUUGAUGUUAUAAUAACACCACACAACUUUUGCAAUGGCUUCAAGACAAAAGACACCAAUAAACAAAUACUGGGUAUUUCAUCAUUGAAUACGUAGUUUAAAUGACGUUCUUUCAAAUAAAAAAAAUUAUUUGCAAUUUCUGAGGGGUAAUAAAAAAAAAUUACAAGCAGAAGCAAGCCAAUACCAUCUUUGGCUGUGUGGAAGACCAAAAUAAAAAGAUACUGUCUAUUUUUAUGCAAUUAAACAGGUUGUAAGCAUAACUUUUUCCCUCUAAGGUUUGUCAUUUAUGUCACUGUUUGUAUUUUUUAUUGUAAUUCUAACGCAAUAAUAUUUCAUUCUAAAUAAAUGUUUGAAGACUGUAUAACUUCACCACAACUGCCUUUGUUAAAACCUGACAUUUCAAGUUUUAAAUACUGAGUUAGAAGAGUAUAAAAAAAAAAAAUAUUAAAAUGCAUUUUACACAUAA